CGUUUAGACACCAAAUAUGGCUUGCUUGGUUACACUGUCCUGAAUUGGAGUAAAAAGAGAUUGCAUAAAAUCAUGGAGUCACGGAAGACUUCUAAAGCUGUAGAUAGUAGUUUUGCUCAAGUGAAAAACUAUGAGUUGAUGUGUGUGGAAAACCCAUCAGUAGGAGGUGUUCCAAAUGAAGAGCGCAUCAGAAUUGCCUUCAGGGUUCUAGACGAUCUAGUUCCUAAGCUUGGAGUGUAUACCAGGAUAUUCACUAAAAUCAAGGAUGAUUUAUUUGAUGCUGUGUACAGUGAGGAUCUGACCACACACACUGACGGAACAGUGACAAAAAUUCCAUACUUUACUCUCAUGAAGAGGAUAUUUGAUGAGAGGGAUGAUAAACAAGAUCUACUGUCAGAGCAGCUGGAGGAAGUCAAGCGCAGGUUGUUUGAUAAACACAAGCAGUUUGAGGAAUCUCAACAGAAGAUAGCACAGCUGGAGGAGAACAUUGAGGAGCUGAAUCAUAAAAUUGAGGGCCAGGAGGAGGAUCUAAGGCAGAAGGAGGCAGACAUCACCAGGGUCGAGGAAGAAUUAAAAGAGGAGAGGGAGAGGUCAGAGGAUAUGGAACAAAGGUUAGAAGGUGACAUCAAUGACCUUCAGGAUUCAUUGGACGAGGCACAUCAGGAAAUUGAGAACUUGGCACGAUACAAGAAGGGAUACGAUGACCUCUACUAUGCAUUUCUUGAGACCGGUGAAUCCUCAGAAAGUCUUGAUCGAAAGAUAAAGCCUGUCAUCUCAACAAAAAGGGCUAACUUGAUGAACAAUAUUGAGGCUGCCCAGAAAUUGGAAGAUCAGAUCAUGAGUGUCAUGAAUACUGCAGUGGAAGAAUUUGAUAAAUUUUUGGAGGAGCAUAAAUCAGAGCUGAUGAAGAUAGACGACAGAGACGACCUGACGGACGCAGAGUAUGAGGUUCAGGAGAUGGAUAUAGAGCAAGCCGACCAGGAGCUUGAAGCUGUACAAGAGCGCUUUAAAUUCAAUGUUGGAGACAUCAGCAAUGAGUUGGCAUUACUAAAAGAGCAUUGCAAAAUGCUUAUGAAACAGCUGGAAAUCCUAGAGCAAAAUAAACCUACAGUCACGAAGCGAAAAGGAACAGGAAAAAUGCCAGAUCCUGCCGGACUUAAUAAAUCGGAUAUAGUUUUAGAUCCUGACUCCAUUUUGUCGGCGGGUCUGAACGACGACAAUGAUGACGAGGAGGGACCGGAUGCUGACCCAUUUAUUCCCCAGGAGAGGGUCUUCAGUAAAUACGCCGCCAUGCUCUACUCCUCAAACAAUCAAGGGCGCUCUUUUGAAGAAUUCAAGGAUGCAAAAUUUUGCCCCAGCUGUGGAGAAAAGACUGUGAUAUGUCCACACAAACUCCCUGGGAGUGACAAGGUCAUAGUCCUCCCUCACAACUGUACCCAUCUCAAGAUCACCAGGCCCAAAGUACGAAUCAACAAGGAACUGAUUGAGGAGAUCAUGAAGCCCCAGACCCCGGAGUAUUCCCUGGACAUGCCCUCUACCGCAGGGACAUACACACGUCACAUGGACAGUAUCCCCAUUGGCCACACUCCUGCCACCUCCCGGGAGAGUCCCAGUCUAGUGGGCAGUGAAGCUCACUUGCAACACACAAUGCACAGAAUGUUUGAUGAUUACAAAGACAGAGCAGGAGAACUGGAGAGAAAAAUUCCCAGAAUGCUAUCAAUAGGAAGGACGCUCUCACAGAUUGAACAGUUCUGGGCCUACAUGUUGGAAGGAGAUAAAAUUGUAGAAGAGAAGGACUUUGAAUUUUCUGUGCUGGAUCGAUUGUACUUAUUCAUGCAAGAGCGAUACCUGAUAGAUGACAUCAUGUACCUGUGUACACACGACCUUUUGUCAGCCAUUGCAGAAUAUUCCUCCAUGAAUAAGACCAUCCAGGUAUUUGGGAACGUCCUGUGUGGUAACUUGGAUGGAGCUUGCUUCCGCUACAUGAUGCUGAUGUGUGACUUCAUCACUGUGGUGGAGUGGAAGGAAGUGGAGGACUUCCGUGCCUUUGCUCACGUUGUCUAUCCUUUCAUGGGGGAGGAUGAUCUGGAGACUCUUCACAUGAGCUACACGUCCUUCAGCGAGAACAAGAUUUCUCCCCAGCUUGUCUGCCAGUUCCUGAUGCAUUUAAUCCUCAAAUACAGAGAACCUUGCUUCCAAGAGAUGGAACACAAGAUAAUCCCAGUCCAAGGGGGACAGCCUCCUUCUCAAGGGAUGACGUGGAAGGAGUUUAACACCUCACUGGAUGAAAUUGUCACCACCUCCUCAGAGAGGCUGAGGAAGAAACUGUUCAAGGAGGCAGAGGUUGCAGCCAGAUUCGAUGGCUACCGAGACACAGUGCCACUGAUGAGGCUAUCUCAGAUAGCUGGGUAUCUGAAUCUGGACUCCAUUGCAAAAUCUGUGAGGGAGAACAUUGCUCGUAAGGUUGUAGAAUGGCGAGAGCGCCCCAGCAGUUCUAGUUCUGGUAAAGGAGUUCAGCAUCAUGAAGGCCAGCUUGUUGUUUCUGAUGAAAAAUUGAUCACCAUGGCUAAUGUAAAGUUGCUAGCCAACAAUGUCAACAGACGGAUGGCAAUAAGAAAACGAAAUAAAACAGAGGAGAGCUCGGAUCAGGAGGGAACGAUGGGACAAUCAGGAUGAUGAUUGGCCGUAUUACUCGACCAACUGAAACCCCAUGUUUGAUUGGUCAACAAAAAGCAGUGGAUUAUUCGUAAACACUUUUCCCCUCUUCCGCACAAAAUGGGCUUAAAUCCAAAUACCGGGUAUAUAAUAUUUGAACAGGACAGAUUAUCCUGCCAGUGAAUUUUGAUGUUUCUAAACAUUGAGUUUCAGACAUUAUUAAGUUACUCUUUGUGUAACAGAUGUGGUCUCAAACAGUUCGUGUUGUCAUGUUAUGAUUUUACAAUUACAUGAAAAAAAUUACUGCGAGUUUUUGCUCCUGUCUGUGAUAUCAUUCUUUUAGUUUUAUUUUUUUUCUGUAAUUUAUUGAUAUUUUGAAUGAAGAUACAAAAUUUC